CUUCUAGAGCCUUGGAAAGUAAUUAACAGUAAGCAUGAUGGGCCAUAUGCAGUGAAAACUGCCCUUGGAUGGAUUUUAAACGGACCUCUUAGAGAACCUGUUGAAGAAAGCAUGCAUGCAGAUGCACAAGCAAGCAUUACAGUCAACAGAAUCUCCAUUGAGAGUGUGGAACAGAUGCUGAUACAACAGUACAACCACGAUUUUCCUGAAAGAGAUUGUGAUGACAGAGCUGAAUUGUCGCAGAUGGAUCACCAGUUUAUGGAAUCUGUGUCUAACUCAGUGCAGUUUUACGAUGGCCACUAUUACAUUGACCUUCCUAUCAGGAAAACUGUUCCCCAAAUGCCUAACAAUCGAAAUGCUGCUGUUCAGCGAGCACUGAAUAUCAAGAAGAAAUUUCAGAGAAAUCCCUCCUUUCAUGCAGAGUACACAAGUUUCAUGAACGACAUGCUAAGCAAAGGCUAUGCAGUCAAAGUGAAUAAAUCACACUUAAGUCGUCAAGACGGUCAAGUUUGGUAUAUACCUCACCACGGUGUAUACCAUCCUCAGAAGAAGAAACUAAGAGUGGUCUUUGACUGUGCUGCCAGUUUUCAAGGAGUGUCUUUAAAUAGUGAGCUCCUACAGGGUCCAGACAUGACAAAUUCACUUAUUGGAGUGCUUACUCGCUUCAGACAAGAGUCGGUUGCCAUGAUUGCAGAUGUUGAAGCUAUGUACUAUCAAGUGAGAGUUCCUGAAAAGGAUAGCGACAUGCUUCGUUUCCUAUGGUGGCCAAAUGGAGAUGUAAAUCAGGACUUGGAGGAAUACAAAAUGGUUGUCCACCUCUUUGGAGCCAAGUCUUCUCCUAGUGUAGCUAAUUUUGCCCUUAGGAAAACAGCAGAAGACAAUCGUACCAAGUCAUCGGUCGAAGCAGUCAAUACAGUUCUCAAGAACUUUUAUGUAGACGACUGUUUAAAGUCUGUUUCAAGUUCUUCUCAAGCAGUUGCACUGUACAAAGACCUCACAAAACUGUGCGCGAGUGGAGGAUUUCAUCUUACUAAAUGGGCAAGCAACAGUCGUGCUCUGUUGGCCUCUGUUCCAGAAAGUGAAAGAAUUGCAGGUGUCAGAGACUUGGAUUUGAGUAAAGAUGCACUUCCUGCAGAGAGAGCAUUAGGAGUGUUAUGGUGUGCCAAUUCAGAUGUGUUCAAAUUCAAGAUUAAUUUGAAAGAAAAACCUGUAAACAGAAGAGGAAUCCUGUCAGUCACAAGCUCCAUCUAUGACCCCUUGGGCUUCCUAGCACCUGUAAUAUUGCCAUCAAAGAUUCUAAUGCAACAGUUGUGCAAAGAAAAACUCACAUGGGAUGAGGACAUUCCAAAACAGUGUGCAGAAAGAUGGACUUCUUGGUUACGAGGGUUAAAUCAGUUAGCUGACUUCAGUGUAACAAGGUGUAUAAAACCAGUGGACUUUGGAGUGCCCACCUCUGCACAACUGCAUCACUUCUCGGAUGCAAGUGAGGUAGGAUAUGGAGUUGUCUCAUACCUCAGAUUGUUGAAUGCUGAUGGACUCGCACACUGUGCCUUCGUGAUGGGGAAAUCUCGUGUGGCGCCAUUAAAGCAGACCACCAUUCCACGUAUGGAGUUGACUGCUGCUGUCGUUGCUGUUAAAACGGACAAGAUGCUGAAAGAAGAACUGGAACUAGACUUUCAUGACUCUGUAUUCUGGACUGACAGCACCACUGUUUUGAGAUAUAUUGACAAUGAAGGUCUUCGCUUCAAAACGUUUGUUGCAAACAGAAUUGCCACCAUACGAGAGUCAACUAGACCACAACAGUGGAGAUACAUCAAUACAUCUAUGAAUCCAGCAGAUUGUGCAUCAAGGGGACUUACUUGUGAAAAGUUCAUGAAAAACGUGAGCUGGAUCAAUGGUCCUUCUUUCCUCAAAGAACCAGAAAGCAACUGGCCCGAGUCAAAUUGUGAUCUAUCAAAAAAAGUAGAUGACAGUGAAGUUAAACACUCAGCUUCAGUAAAUCUUGUGUAUGCAGUGGAUGGCACAGAUGCUGUGAACAAAUUGAUCAACUAUUACUCUGACUGGUACAAGUUAAAGAGAGCUGUGGCAUGGAUCCUUAGAUUCAAAGACAGCUUCGUACAACACAGCUUAAACAAAAUAGGCCUGAGUUGUAAAACAAAUUCCACAGCAGAAAACUGCAAGGCUCUAACAAUGCAGGACUUAACACGAGCUGAAAAUGAGAUCAUCAAGUUCACUCAAAAACAAAAAUUCAAGGAAGAAAUGUCAAUGUUGCAAAAAGGUAACACAUCUGUGAAAAAGAACAGCUGCCUUUCUAAAAUGGAUCCUACACUUCAGGAUGGAUUGCUAAGAGUUGGAGGUCGUCUUGGUAGAUCUGCAAUGUCCGAACAUUCAAAGCAUCCAAUCAUUUUACCCAAAGACUCACAUGUCACAACUUUAAUCUUAAAAGACAUUCAUGAGAGAAUUGGACAUUGUGGACGGAACUACAUGCUUUCAAGGUUGCGACAGAAAUUCUGGCUUCCUUCUGCAAACUCCAUUGUAAGAAAGCUUCUUUCCAGAUGUGUAACAUGUAGAAAGAUCAGAGCAAAGGCAUCAGAGCAGAAAAUGUCAGAGCUGCCACUUGACAGAAUCAUUCCAGAUCAACCACCCUUUACCAACGUCGGGGUUGACUACUUUGGACCGUUUGAGGUCAAACAAGGUAGAAGUAAUGUUAAAAGAUAUGGGGUUCUGUUUACCUGCUUAACAACAAGAGCUGUGCAUAUUGAAGUUGCACAUACUUUAGACACUCGUGUUUAA